GAGCAGCGCUGGAGAAAGCAAAACGUGUGCGGGGAGGAGGAGGAAGAAGAAAAAGCAGCGAGGGACGAGGGGGUGAAUUGAAGAAAACAAAUACAACAACAAAAACCACAACCACAACAACAACACAAAAGCGUGGCUGUCGGCGUCCGGGCACGUUGUCGCGAAGACGAAGGCAAUUCCAAACGGGAAGUUGUUCCCGUUCACGCUACAGGUUGCGCGAGCCCUAGCGACCGUUGAGGGAACACGUCGCACCAGAGGAGCCGAGCUUUGCCUCCGCGGCUAGCCGCUCCGCUCCCGGUGCGUGUGAGUGUGUGCGUGCGCACGCGUAGGUGUGCGCGUGGUUUGUUGUAGUUGGACUAACGGCGGCUUCCCAAUCAGACCGAGGCUGCCGCAUUGCAACAGGCGGAGAGGCAGCAGCAGCGAAGUGGAGGAGGAAAGACACCCUGACCCGAUCCGCCUGCAUGGUUAGCUGAAAACACGGAACGGAGCGAGAACUAUUAUACAAAUAUUAAUUAAAAAAGGAAGCUGUUCGAGACCAGAGAUGUCGAGGAGGAAACAGGCCAAACCGCGCUCCGUUAAAGCGGUCGAAGAAGGGGAGUCUUCAGAGUGCGGAGGGGCCUGGGAUGAAUCAACUGUCCAGAGAGAAGUCCCGGCGUCUGACAGAGAGGCAGAGCUCAAAGAAGGUCACGGGGCCGGCGCCGAGGACGGAGACCAAGAGGACCCCGAUGACCGCGAUCACGACGAUGACCUAGACGACGAUUCCAUCUUCACGUGCGACAACUGUCAACAUGACUUUGACUGCCUGGCCGAGCUCACGGAGCACAGAACCAACCACUGCCCAGAUGGUGAUGAUGACCCAGCAGGGCUGUCCUGGGUGCCUUCCUCGCCCUCCAGUAAAGACGUGGCUUCGCCCUCACAGAUGCCUGAUGGCUGCUGUGACCUCGGCAUGGCCACCGGCGGCGAGGAGGAAGGAGGCGCCGGGCUGCCAUACCCCUGCCAGUUCUGUGACAAGUCCUUCAGCCGCCUGAGCUACCUGAAGCGCCACGAGCAGAUCCACAGCGACAAGCUGCCCUUCAAGUGCACCUUCUGCAGCCGUCUGUUCAAGCACAAGAGGAGCAGAGACCGCCACGUCAAACUCCACACAGGAGACAAGAAGUAUAGUUGUCAGGAGUGUGAAGCGGCGUUCUCCCGCUCUGACCACCUGAAGAUCCAUCUGAAGACACACAGCUCCAGCAAACCGUUUAAGUGCAGUGUGUGUAAGCGUGGCUUCUCCUCCACCUCAUCCCUGCAGAGCCACAUGCAGGCGCACCGCAAGAACCGAGAGCACCUCGCGCUGAGGAGUGAGCGGGACGGAGGGAAGAAGGGAGCCGAAGGAGACGGAGACCUGGAGCAGGACCCGUAUAUGUGCGAUUACUGCGAGGAGACGUUCAGCCAGACGGACGAGCUCGAGAAACACGUGGUGACCAGACACGCCCAGCUGUCGGACCGCGCCGACUUGCAAUGCAUCCACUGUCCGGACAUCUUCCUCGACGAGGCGUCUCUCCUCACGCACAUCGAGACGCUGCACGCUAACAGCAAACACAAAUGUCCCGUCUGUUCGGAACAAUUCCCAUGUGUGGAGGAUGUCUACUGCCACUUAGACAGCCAUCGCCAGCCCGACUCCUCCAACCACAGUGCUGCCAGUCCUGACCCCGCGCUGGGCAGCGUGGCCUCGAUGAGCUCGGCCACUCCAGACUCGAGUGCCAGCCUGGAGAGAGGCUCCACGCCGGACUCCACCCUGAAGCCCAGCCAGGGCAUCGAACGAGGCCGCAGGAGAGGCGCGGAGACCGUGGAGGACAUUGUGAUAAGCCUGGGUCAUCAAGCCGGAGCGGCUUCUCUGUCUGUCACCAAAGGGGGAGGGGCCAGCUGGAGUAAAGUGACGUACUCUUGCCCUUACUGCUCGAAGAGAGACUUCCACAGCCUGGCCGUGUUGGAGAUCCAUUUGAAGACCAUCCAUGCAGAGAAGCCGCAGCAGAGCCAUACAUGUCACCUCUGCCUCGUCACUCUGCCCACACUUUACAACCUCAACGAACAUGUGCGCAAAGCUCACCGGACCAGUGGAGGAGCAUUGGGCACGUCGGGGGCGGCGGCUUUUCCCCUGCUGCAGUUUACCAACGUCACAGCGUUCCACUGUAACUACUGCCCCGACAUGUUUGGGGACAUCAACUCUCUGCAAGAACACAUCCGAGUGUCGCACUGCCUGCCCGGUGGGAUUGUGGCGGGGUCCACCACUUUAGAAGGGAACCAUGCCUUCUUCUGCAACCAGUGCUCCAUGGGCUUCUUGACGGAGUUCUCGUUGACGGAGCACAUUCAGCAGACGCACUGCACCUCCAUCGCAGGGGGCGGAGCUGCAUUGGGAGGAGCGGUGGCCAAACUGGAGUCUCCUGUACUCCAGAAUGCCUCGCAGUCCUUCAUGGAGGUUUACUCCUGCCCUUACUGCACCAAUUCUCCGAUCUUCGGCUCACUCCUCAAGCUCACCAAGCACAUCAAGGAGAACCACAAGAACAUCCCGUUGGCCAACAACAAACGGCAGGCAAAGGUUGCCGAACUAAGCCCCGCCUCCUCUGACAUAGAGAUCUCCUCCCCGAAACGCCACAGACUGGGAGGGGACUCCACCCCCUCCAUGGGGAGCAACGGGGACUACCCAUGCAACCAGUGUGACCUGCGGUUUUCCAGCUUUGAGAGUUUCCAGGCCCACCUCAAGUCCCACCUGGAGAUGCUGCUGCGGCGCCAGUCCUGCCCCCAGUGCAACAAGGAGGACUUUGAGUCCCAGGAGGCGUUGCUUCAACACCUGACGGUGCACUACACCACCACGUCGACCCAGUAUGUGUGUGAGAGCUGCGAUAAGCAGUUCUCCUCAGUGGAUGACCUGCAGAAACACCUGCUGGACAUGCACACGUUUGUCCUGUACCACUGCACUCUCUGCCAGGAGGUCUUUGACUCCAAGGUCUCCAUACAGGUGCAUUUGGCAGUGAAGCAUAGCAAUGAGAAGAAGCUGUUUCGCUGCACAGCCUGUGCCUGGGACUUCAGGAAGGAGUCUGACCUUCAGAUCCAUGUGAAGCAUAACCACCUGGGCCAGAGGUCAGGCCUCCCAGGGGGGCUUGGAGCAGGACUCAAGCCCCGGAAGUGCAUCUUCUGUGGCGAGACGUUCGGAACGGAGGUGGAGCUCCAAUGCCACAUCACCACACACAGCAAGAAGUUCACGUGUCGCUUUUGCGGCAAAGCUUUCCAAGCCAUGACGCUGCUGGAGAGACACCUGAGGGAGAAGCACUGCAUCUUCGAUGGGGGCAGCAUCACUGGCAAUGGGGGCGGCACGGGAAGCGCCGCGAGUCAUAACGGGACGCCCAACGGGCUGGCGCAGUCCUCCAAGCGAGGAGGCGGAGGAGGCGGAGGAGGAGGUGGUGGCCACGGAGGUGCAGCAGGCAUUGAUAGGGCAACCGUGGCAGCUGAACAAGCCGACCUGCAGAACAUGCUGCUGAAGAGUGCAGUCGCCGGAGGAGGAGGCGGUCAGGGAGGAGACGUGGUCAACAGCCACGAGGCAAGCGGAGGUGAGGAGGAGCUGGACAACUCUGAGCCCAUGUACGCCUGUGAUAUCUGUGGGGCCGCCUACACCAUGGAGUCACUCCUGCAGAACCACCGGCUGCGCGACCACAACAUCAAACCGGGAGAUGACGACGCCUGUUCUCGAAAGAAGAAGGCAGACUUCAUCAAGGGGAACCACAAGUGCAACGUGUGCUCCAGAACGUUCUUCUCUGAGAACGGGCUGCGUGAGCACGCUCAGACGCACCGCGGCCCCGCCAAACACUACAUGUGUCCCAUCUGUGGCGAGCGCUUCCCCUCUCUGCUCACCCUCACUGAACACAAGGUGACCCACAGUAAGAGCCUGGACACGGGUAACUGUCGAAUCUGUAAGAUGCCCCUGCAGAGUGAGGAGGAGUUUAUCGAGCAUUGCCAGAUGCACCCUGACCUCCGCAACUCCCUCACCGGCUUCCGCUGCGUCGUCUGCAUGCAGACCGUCACCUCCACCCUGGAGCUGAAGAUCCACGGCACCUUUCACAUGCAGAAGCUCUCCGCCGGCUCUACGCUGGGCGGAGGAGGAGGUGGUAAUGGCGGGAUAGGAGGAGGGAACGGUUCUGCCUCUUCUUCCCCUAACGGGCAACUGCAGCAGCACAAGUUGUACAAAUGCGCCUUCUGCCUCAAAGAGUUCAGGAACAAAGGGGAGCUGGUGAAGCUGGAUGUCAACGGCCUGCCGUACGGCCUCUGUGCCGGCUGCAUGAGCAGGGGCACAAACGGCCAGAGCCCCAACCAGGGCGGACGUGCCACGCCGGGGGACACGCAGGGAGAGAAGCCCGUGGGCGGGCUGCGGUGUCCGGAGUGUGGGGUGAAGUUUGAAAGCGUGGAGGACCUGGAGAGUCACGUCCGGACGGAUCACCCUGAGAUCAGCCCCGAGACCAGCGCAAAGAAGGCCGAGGCUUCACCUGCACCCAAGAAAAAGACCUACCAGUGUAUUAAAUGCCAAAUGACGUUUGAGACGGAAAGAGAGAUCCAGAUUCAUGUCGCUAAUCACAUGAUCGAGGAGGGCAUCAAUCAUGAAUGCAAGCUGUGUAACCAGAUGUUUGAUUCGCCUGCCAAGCUGCUUUGCCACCUGAUAGAGCACAGCUUUGAAGGCAUGGGAGGUACCUUCAAGUGUCCCGUCUGCUUCACAGUGUUCGUGCAGGCCAACAAGCUCCAGCAGCACAUUUUUGCCGUCCACGGCCAGGAAGACAAGAUCUACGACUGUUCCCAUUGUCCACAGAAGUUCUUCUUUCAGACAGAACUACAGAACCACACACUGAGUCAGCACGCGCAGUGAGACCGAGGCCCGGCAGGAUCUCUCGACUGAGACCGAGGCCCCCGACCCGGAGCCGGCAGGGGACGCCCGUCUCCACAUCACAGCCAAUCAAAGUGUCAUUUGCUACUCACAUGUAAAACUCUAACGAUCGCGCCACUGGGCGCGGCCAUUAGGAGCAGCGGGGGAAAGGAAUAUUAAUGGGAUAUGCUAUUAAAUAAAGAAAGGAAAAAGUGGGUGAGGGAAGCGGUUAGAUGAAGGAAACGGAGGAGUGAGAAAAGGUAUUGUACGUGCAGUAUUUUGUAUUGUCCCUGCCAACCCCCCCUGUCCCCCCACCAGCUUCUUCCUCCUGCCCUUCUCCUUUCCUCCCCAUCCGUCACUCCUCGGGUCAGGCAUUUUAUUUUUUUUAACAAAUAGAAAAGGGAAAAAAAGCAAGAAAACAUCCUUUUUUGUUUGCGGGUUUUUAAAAUUAGAUUGUAGGAAGAAGGCGUCGCUCUCUCGUCCCCUCAGUUGCUUAUUGUAUUUAACUUCAUAGGUGCCAAUUUCUUUGAGUUUUCUUUCUGCCAUAUGCGCUUAUGUUGUUUUCAUUUUUGUACCUUUCAUUUCCCGCCGUAAGUAGGUACUUGUGUUGUGAUUGUUUGUUUGCCAGUCGUAAUAUUCCUGAGUUUUCUUCCCCCCCCCAACUCUCCUUUUUAUGAUUAUUGUUAUAUUUUUCUUUUCUUUUUUGUAAUUACUAUCAAAAAAAGUAUCAAACAAAAUAAAGUGCAGAAAAACAUAUGUUUCUUUUUGGGGGAUUGGGUUUUCCCGUCUCUAUGGGGCCUAUAAUGGUUAUUGUAAAAAUGAAUAUCAUCGAUUUCAGUGCGUCUGGUCAAUGACUGCUUUUUAAAUGUGAAUCAACCAGAUUGCAAUAAUCUAGUGCAGACAAAAAAAGAUAAAACAAAUAAAUAAAUGACAAAUAAAGAA